CUCGGCAAGAGAGUGGAGCUGCCCCAACCUGUUUAAGUCAGCUGAAUGAAGCAGCAGCAGCAGCGGGGCCUCUGUCGCUUCGCCCCGGGCCGCUCUGCACUCUGCGGGGCCGGGGUCUCCGCUGGUCAGCCCACCAUGCGUUUGUCCAUCACCUCCACCACCGGCAGCCCGGUGGAGCUCACGGUUCCCCGAGGAGAGACUCUGGAGGGACUGAGGACGCACAUCUCUCAAAAACUCAGACUGCAAAGGGACAGAAUCGUCCUCCUGUACAGAGACAAACAGCUGACUGCAGGAAAGCUACUGGACCUGGGUGUCACAGAUGGCAGCAAGCUGACCCUGGUCCCUGUCAUUGAAGCUGGUUUAGUUUGCUCGACUGCUAGAGCUGAGAGAAGUAUGAUGGACGUUUUGGAAAGUUUAACAGAAGUCCAGAUUGGCGACUUCCUGUCUGGCCGCUCGCCUCUGACCAUUAGCCUGGGCGUUGGUGCCCACGUGAUGUACGUGCAGCUCCAGCUGUCUGCACAGAACGUGGCGGAGCUGCAGCAGCACCAAGACUUGACAGGUGGGAGCAGCAGCCAGCUUCAAGCUGGCCUGCCCAGCUUGAACCAUCUUGACUCUGCCAACAGCACAGGAUCCACUACCUUACCUGCUUCCCAAACCUCCACUCCGACCGUGGACUCUCCUGACUCUGCAUCCUCAAGCCAAUGUAGCGCUCAAAGACCCAGAAACUCAACAGCUCCCACAUCUCACCCAUCCACCGUUGCUGUGAACUGCCACCACACCUCGUCUCAACAUCAGUCCUGUCCUCCCCAUUCUACAUACACAUCUUCUCCUGUUUCCAGUAUGUCUUUGCCCUCUGCUCAUCCUCAUGCCAGCUGUUCUCUACAAGCAGCGACACCAGUCUGUUCAUCUGCUCCCACCGGGUCCAUUCCUGGACCCCGAAGCCCACCACCAGCCUCAACCUACACAGAGAGUGACGUUCACGCCUCAUCUACUGCAGAGCUGUGCAGGCAGCCAGGAGCAGUCAUAGAAAGUUUCAUGAGCCACUCUCCAGGCGUCUUCUCCGGGACUUUUUCUGGCACACUGGCCCCGUGCGGUCAGAGCGGCACCAGCCACCCUCGGAGGGGCAUCGCCAUCAUUCUCCAGAUCCUCAAUGACCUUCUCAGAGCAGCCUGCCACCACCAGGGGGCUCCACCUGCCCCCUCUCCUCUCCACUGUUCUGCUUCAAAUGCUUCAAACCCUCCAGCCAGCCUGCUGCUGGCAGCAGAGGAGCAAAGCAAAGCAAAGAGCGAAACACAGGCGCUACAGAGCACAGAGCGCCUCAGUAAAACAUCAGGUGAGGAGAGUCUCCCCCUCCACUCGUCCACACAGGAGAAUCGAGCAUUGCAUCGUAAGCUAGAGCGCCUGCAGUUUUUGAUGCACCAGAGGCGUCUUCGCAGGCGGACCCGCAGGAACUCACACCUCUCACAGACGUCUCACCCGUACCAGCAUCGCCACCAUUGUCCAUAGUCUCCUGGACGGAAAAGAUCCACCCACUGUGAUAGCAGUGGCAGCUUUCUAUUGAGGGCGCCUCAAGGAACCAGACCAGAGCUGACCUCUGGCCUUGUGGAACAGGGGAAAGCGCGGCAGAGUGCAUGCUUUGUUGCUCUUUUUAACACUGUGAGCAUUUCUGGAUAAAGUAAGAUCCGAGGAGUCGGGUUCCUGCGGCUGUCACAGCACUGAGCAUGUUCCUUCAUGCAACACAAUGGCUCUCAUUGUUAUGUAGCACGCCACAAAAGGUUCUCGUGUACAUUUUCAUGCAUUACUUCAUGGUGCUUUGUACAAAGUCUUCUUGCUGUUUGUGUAUGUGUUCUGAUGCCUUAACCAUACAUGUCUUGAAUGUAAACUGUAUGUUUUGUUCUGUGCAGAGGAUGCUCCUAUGAAAGGCUUCACUUAUGCAAUAUUAAAAU